AAAAAGAUGACAAUGGACGUGAAAAAGACAGCAGAAGAGAAGGAUUGAUGAGGAAUCAGUGAACGGUGACAUAAGAGUGAGUGUGAGAAAAGAAGAAAAAGUAGCAACAUGAUGAUGAACACAGCAAGGAUCCAUGACAAACAUAAGCUGAAGACCUUCUGGGAGCAGAAGAUCGUCCAACACAGCCAGCAGAUGGACGAGGAGGAGAGCCGCAAGAAGACCAGCGCUCUGACAAGGCUGAGGGAGCAGUGGUUGGUCAUGUUGGAUCAUAGGAACGAGCACCAACAGAGUUUCUUUGAGGAGAGAAUUAGACGAUCUCAGAAGGCUCAGAAGAUGACCACACAGCUCCAUUCACCUUUGCCAUUAUGCUGACAUCACAUCCACAAGGAAAGGAAAUGGAGACGUCAUCCAUUUUGAAGCACUGCAUAGAUGUGAAUAAUGUUUCUUUAAAUAGCCUUGUGAAGAAGAUGUUUUUGUCAUAAUUCCUGUUAACUACAUAAUAGGUCAUGGCUGGACUAGCUUCAUUUGUACAGUGUAUUUGUGGUAAAAACAUCUCAUCUAAAGGCUAUACA